UUGAAAGUAAACAGUUCGUUUGCAAACGUGCGAUUUCUCCUUACGUCCUACAAGUUGUGCAAUUUAUUUAAAAGAGAGAAAUAAAAGUUUCUUGUUGGCCACCAUUUAGACAAUAAUGGGCAAUUACGUGAGCAAGUUAAUAUUUCAUACUAAUGAAAAUCAAAAGGAGAUAAGCAUUGAACAAGCAGUUAAGCAGCAGAUGGCUGCAGAGAGCAGUAUGUGUACACCAAUAUUAUCUGGAAAAAAGAUGCUGUGUGAUCCACGUUCAGCUUCAGCAGGAAUCUCAAGGACUCCUAUUGAGCAGUUAGCUGCACAAGAUAUGUGCACACCAACAUUGUCUGAUAAAAGGAUGCUAUGCGAUCCACGUUCAAUUUCAGCAGGAAUACCAAGAACUCCUAUUGAGACAGUUGCACAAGAUAACAGUAUGUGUACACCAUCAUUACCUGAAAAAAGGGUGCUGUGUGAUCCACGUUCAAUUUCAGAAGAAAUCUCAAGAACUCCUAUCGAGGUGAAGUGCAGCCCAGACAGUAUAAUAAUUAAAAGAGCACCUACUGCAAUCCCAAAGUAUUUGCAGAAAAAAAAAUAUCUUGAAACUGAUAUGGACAUAGUGAUGCCACCUUUGUCGCCAAAGAAACAUUUUGUACCGAAAUUAAUAGAUAGUGAUCAAAGAUCAGAUUUGGAUAGAGCAGAAGAUUAUUUUACACCAAAUAUGAAUGUUAUAAAAGGUGAAAAACCUAUUACACCAAUUGAUAAGGAUCGCUUCAUAAUUUUGGGAUUAGAUCCUAGAUCUCCGGCUGCAGAUUUCAACAGAACGCCUAUUUUAAUGCCGAAGUCCCUUGCAUUAAUAAAGGCGCGAUCGCAAGACAUGUUAAAUCGCAAAGGCAGUUACGAAUCGGAUAUUUACAAUCCAGUAAACUUGUCUCGAGGAAGCAGUACUCUUCAAAAAUCACUUAGUAUUCCAAAAAUACAACUCGUCACAGAUUCUGAAACCCCGAAAAUGUUACAUAUGGAACAACAGAAUGAAUCAGAUAUACUCUGUGCAUCCCAAGAAUCUGAUUCUGAUUCAAGUGUUUUUGAAAGCGAGGAGGAAGUUACAGUUAUUAAGAACCCAAAAUGUAAAAAUGAAAAAGAAAAGUCAUUGAUAUCAGAUGAACAGAUAGUUGCGGCCGAUGAGGAAAAGAACACAGAUGAUAUAGACAAGGAUAAUUGCAAAGAUAUUGAGCAUGAUAUAAAAGAGAUGUAUAUAAAGGAUGACAAUAAAAUUGAAGUAUGGCAUGAUUCAUCGAAGGAAAAUAAAACAGGUAAGGAGGAGGAAAACAUUGUAGAAAAAUUACCGCAAAAAAAAGCACAUAGAGAAGACAUAAUUAUAAUGUUUGAUGAAUGUGCCACGAUUAGCACUUCACCAAAAUCAAUAAAGAUAGAAGAGGAUUGUCAGAAGGGAGAUAUUGCAGGAAGAAAGAAAAGCAUUAAAAUAGAUGCUAAAGUUACACCAAAUGAGAAAAAGAUUUUUAAUCCUGAGGACAAAAUGUAUGGAACCAAAGUGCUUAAGAGUCGAACACCUCUUGGCAAUCGAUCUAAUAAUGAUCAAGUACAAAGAAUAAACUCACCGCCAUUUUUAAGAAAUAAAACUGUGUCUAAAACCCAGCAAGAGAAUACACCACCAUGUAAGAUGUAUAAUGCAAAAACUAAAAAGGGACAUUGGGAUCCAAAUACCACAGUUUUUAUUUAAGAGAAAAAAAGAUAAAAUAGCAUUAAAGUUUAACUUUAAGUUAUUUAAAAUUAAUUAAAAUAGAAUAAGAAAUGGUAGUUAAACUUAUUUAAGUGUUAUAAGUUAUAAUUGUAAGUAAAAGUAGGUUAUGUUACAUGUAUUCAUUUUGAAAUAAAUAAAUAAUUAUAAAAUGUAAA